AUGCCACCAGCAAAGAAGCGCAAGACUCGGGCGACCGCUGAAGCAAAAGAACAAGAGAAUACGAACCCUCCGGAUCCAGAGCCCUCAGCUGCCCAAGAGGUGCCCUCAUCAUCCACAUUUACGUCGGAAGCAGCACCAGCGCAGGCAGAGUCCUCAACCUCUUCAGCUUCAGAUGCCGCAGCCAAAGCGAAAGAGCGUAUGGAGAGAUUCAAGGCCCUUCAAGCACGCGCCAAAACUGGUGCUCAGAAGAACUUGAAGGAAGCAACUCUCGAAUCGCAGCGCCUAGCAACCGAUCCGAACCUCCUGACUUCUUUAAACCGCAAAUCCGCGAUCGCUUCGCAUAAUCUGCUCAAGGCAGACACUGAGGCAGCAGGCGAGGACUUUGAGCGCAAGCGGGCUUGGGACUGGACUAUUGAGGAGAGCGAGAGAUGGGACAAGCGGCUGAAGAAGAAAGAGGCACAUCGAGAUGAUCAGGCUUUCCAGGAUUAUCGACAAGAUAGCAGGAAAGUUUAUAAGCGACAAAUUGGGAAUCUGAAGCCGGAUAUGGAUCGCUACGAAAAGGAGAAGAUGGCAGCUGUGGAGAGGGCUGCUGCCAGUGGAGGCUUGGAGAUUGUCGAGACGGACGAUGGGGAGCUAGUUGCGGUCGAUAAGGAUGGCACGUUCUAUUCUACAGCUGACUCAACGGGUUUCGUGGAACAUAAGCCACCGAAGGACGCCGUUGAUAGACUGGUGAAGGACUUGCAGCAGGCAGAGGAUGCGAGAUUGAAGAAGAGGAAGGAGAGGAUGGGACAGAAUGGGGAAGAUGGAGAUGUCACGUACAUCAAUGAGAAGAAUAAGCAGUUCAACCAGAAGCUGAACAGGUUCUACAACAAGUACACCGCAGAAAUUCGGGACAGUUUCGAGCGUGGUACCAUGAUAUAG